UCUCCCUCUAAACAUCAUUAGCCGCCAUUGCGAGUAGACAGAAAUAUUGAGUGGACGAAGGCAAACGUCGCGCCUAUUUUUGCAACCUAGUAGAAUUUCCAACGACAACGGCUAGAAAGAUGUAGCGCGCGUCCCCGCCAAGCCCCGUAGCGUUUCGAACGGCAGAAUGAAAGAAAUCGGGCGACGCAAGCCGCAUCGAUGUCACCAAAGCUAACCUCUAAAGCUGUUUGGUUUGGCGAUUGGCGAUUCUCGGACAAAUCUUUACGCGGUUCGCGUUUGUCGCAUUUGGAAGGACACGCUCAGGUGUCUCGUUUACCCGCGCGCGUUUUGCCGACGCCCGCGUGAUCCGAGCCAAACUAGUUGCGUGUUGGUGUGUGAUAUGUGUGGUUUUUAAGUGAAAACAUGAGCAAACGAAAAAGGACUAGCUCUUUAGCCAGCCGGGGGUCCCGGGACGAAUCUCUAGACCGUAUCGAGGCGUCAACGAGUAGCGGACCAACUAUGAGGAAGAGAAAAAAACAUUUCGAUCCUGUGGAAGUGUGUCAUCAAUUGUACGACACUAUUCGCAACCACAAAAAAAGCGACGGCAGCCUGUUGUGCGACUCUUUCAUUCGGGUGCCGAAACGGAGACAGGAACCCAGUUAUUAUGAUGUAGUCAACAAUCCCAUCGAUUUGCUUAAGGUGCAGCAGAAACUGAAGACGGACGAGUACGAGGACGUCGACGAUUUGCAAAACGACAUAGAACUCAUUGUAAAUAAUACCAAAGCAUUUUAUAAGAAGAACUCGCACGAGUACAAAGACGCCACCGAGCUGUGGGAGCUGUUUCUGUCCAAUAAAAAUAAGAUAUUAAACAUUGAGGAGGAGUCGAAAUCAGAACCGAAAAGGUUCAGCGUACCACGGUCUCAACGCUCCACUCCCAAAACCCCAAACAAUGUGAGCCGGAACAGUGUAAACCACAAUAAUUCUUCAUUAAACGACUCAGGUGUUUCGAAUAACAUCGGUGGCGAUGAGGAGGGCCAAUACGAAGAAUUAUUCAAUACGGUCAUGACUGCCAAGGAUGAGCACAAAAAACUGCUUAAUACUUACUUUCAGGUGUUGCCCUCAAAAACGAAAUACCCGGAAUAUUACGAGGUGGUCGAGCAGCCCAUCGAUUUGAAACGCAUCGCCAUCAAGAUACAGAAGAACGAGUACAUCAGCAUUCUAGGUUUGGAGCGCGACCUCAUGCUGAUGUGCAAAAAUGCGUGCCUGUUCAACGAGCCCGCCUCCCAGAUAUACAAGAGCGCAAAGAAAUUGAAACAGAUCAUUCAGGAGAAGCGCGUCGAAAUAAUAGAGCGAGCGAGUAAACCGCCGCCCGCGACGCCGCCCCCGGCCUCCAAACCGAACGACCGGAACAAGGGGCGCAGACCUCGAAGCUAUAUCGCGACCAUAGCAGCGGUAAAAGAUGAGGACGAGGACGAGGAAGAGUCCGAGCCGGAGGCGGCCGAGGUCAUCGAGGACGAUAAAACGAGCGAUUUUGUAUGUCCCGAGCCUGACAACCCUCAGUGGAAACUGUUCGAGAUGGUGUGCAAGAUGGAGGGCUCGAACGGGACUUUGCUCAGCGAGCCGUUUUGGAAGCUGCCGUCGCGCCGCAUUUAUCCGGACUAUUACAAGGAGAUCAAGAAUCCGCUGUCUCUCGCCCAGAUCCGACGAAAGCUGACCAGCAAAUCUUACGGCACCCUAAGCGAGGUGGCCGGCGAUUUGACAGUGAUGUUCGAGAACGCGAAAAAAUACAACAUCCCCUCGUCCAAAUUGUACAAGGACGCGGUCAAACUGCAAAAGGCGAUGCAGGCGAAGGUGCAAGAACUACUUGACAUUGAUCAGGUAACACAAAGAGUCACUAACAAAACAACACGAAAGUCGAGCGACGCCGAUUCAGACUCGCCGCUCAAGCGCAAACCCUGCAAGCUGAAGAACGUCAGCCCCAUGGGCACGCCCCUGCGCGGCAGGCCGCCCAAGGACUUCGUGCCGCUGAAAAAACGCCUCUUUGCCCUCUGCAAGUAUAUGCUCGACUAUACGUGCGAGGACGGUCGCAAGCCUAUACUCGCGUUCAUGGAGAAGCCGUCGAAGAAGCUCUACUCGGAGUACUACGAGGUGAUCGCCGAGCCGAUCGAUUUCCUCGAGAUCGAAGCGAAGAUCAAAGCGGACCAGUACAGUUGCGAAAAGGAUCUCGUCAAAGACUUCAAGCUGAUGUUCGCGAAUUGCCGCGAGUUCAACGAGGAAAACUCGCCGAUUUACGACGACGCCAACCUUCUCGAAAAACACCUGAUGGACAAGAUGGGGCCGCUACUCAACGCGCCCGAGAAAGAAGUGGUCAAGAAAGAGCGCCGCGACAAAGAUCACCAGGUCAAAGUUUACCGGCCACGUAAGCAGCUGACUCCGCUGGAGAGGUCGCUGAAGACGCUGUUCGAGACGAUCCGCGACUACAAGGAUCCGAAAGGAGACCGUCAACUGUCGCAGAUAUUCAUGAAACUGCCGUCGCGGAUGGAGUAUCAGGACUACUACGAGGUGAUCAAGCACCCGAUCGACAUGGAGAAGAUCGCGCACAAGGUGAAGAACAACAUCUACGAAAGCGUGGACGAACUGGCCGCCGACUUCGUGCUGAUGCUCGAGAACGCGUGCAAAUUCAACGAGCCCGACUCGCAGAUCUACAAGGACGCGCUCGUGCUUCAACGGCUCGUGUCCCGGACCCGUUUGCAGCUCAAGGAGGAGGCGGAAGGGGACUCGGCGCCGGACGUCGCGGCCGCCGUGCAAGAUAUUCUGCUCACCCUCUUCACCACCGUCUACAAUCACCAGGACGAGGAGGGUCGCUGCUACAGCGACUCGAUGGCCGAGCUGCCCGAGCACGACGAGAUCGACGGCAAAAAGGUGCGCGCGCUAUCCCUGGACCUGAUCAAGCGACGUCUCGACAAGAGCCUCUACAAGCGCCUCGACACCUUCCAAAACGACUUCUUCGCGUGCCUGGAGCGCGCCAGGCGCCUCUCGCGCACCGACUCGCAGGUGUUCGAGGACUCCGUCGAGCUGCAGAUGUUUUUCAUCGCGCAGCGCGACGAACUGUGCAAGAGCGGCGAGCUGCUGCACUCGCCCGCCCUCAACUACAGCGCGGACGACGCGCGCGCCGACGUCGAGCACGUGCGCCACGGUAAAACCCUGCAGGAAUCGCUCGAGGAGGAGACGGAGACGCGCAGUUCCGAGGACUCGCUGCUCAAAGGCUCCGCCGGCACAAACGGCAACCUCGAGGAGACGAUGACGUGCAACCAGAAGACGUAUCAGGUCGGCGACUACGUCUACGUCGAGGCGAAGGAACCGAACUGCGAGCCGCACAUCCUCCAAAUCGAGCGGCUGUGGGAGAAGGACGGCAAGCAGAUGCUCUACGGCAACGUGUAUCUGCGUCCGGACGAGACGUACCACGUGACCACUAGGAAAUUUCUCGAGAAGGAGGUGUUCAAGUCGGAACGGCACUCGGCGGUACCGUUGGAGGACGUGACCGGACGGUGCUGCGUCGUCGGCAUCAAGCAGUACUUUACGAUGCGGCCGGAGGGCUACGACGAGAAGGACGUCUACGUGAGCGAGUCGCGUUACAACUGUCGCGGCCGUUGCUUCAAGAAAAUCAAAAUCUUCCCGGAAUCGUCGGUGAAGUUGGUGGCGCGCGACGAGCCGCUCGCGCCGAAAAGGGUGAUGUCCGUCUUCAGGGAAAGGCUCGAGAAACACAAGGACGAACUGGCCGAGUUGCAGGAGCAAGAGCGACUGAUCGAGCAAGACUUGCAGAAUGUUGUGGCGGACAUAUCGAUGGAAAUCGACGAUGGUAACACAUACUACGAACAGUACAACACGAUAUGCUCAGGGGUGGUAAAAACGGGUGACUUCGUCUACGUGGUGGCGGACGGAGGGCGGCAGGUCGUCGCUCAGAUCGACAGCGUGUGGGAUACGAAAGACGGUAAGUGUUACUUUCGCGGGCCGUGGUUCGUGUCGCCCGCCGAGGUCCCCAAUCCGUUCAACAAGCUGUACUAUAAGAACGAACUGCUGCUGUCGACGCUCGAUGACGUCAACCCGCUCGUCAGCAUCGUCGGCAAGUGCGCGGUCCUCGACUAUAACGAUUAUAUCUCUUUCCGCCCGACGGAGGUGCCCGAGCAGGAUAUCUUCAUCUGCACCUCGCUGUACGACGAGAUCAACAGGCAGAUGAAGAAACUCCCGCCCGACGGCUUGAAGAAGUACAACCACAAGCCGGACGUGCUCGAGGACGAGAUCUAUUACUUCCCGAGGCUGCUGAACCCGCAAAAGGUGGACGCUAGGCGCGCGCUGAACGCCAAGCUGAGGCGCAAACUGAUGGCCGACGAUCGGGAGUCGUCGCCCGUGACCCUAACCAAAAUGACGGACAUGGACGUAAUCAUGGAGGACUCGCUGGACGGUGGACCACCGUCGGUGGGUUCGGGAGAAAUACCGGCGGUGGUAUCGAUGCCGGGGAGCAACGGGGGCGCCGCCCUAACGCCCGCGUCGACGAAAAAGCCGAGCAGCAAGAAGAACAACAAGAACAAGGUGGUGACGGGGUACAUAUUGUACUCGCGAGAGGUGCGCAAACAAGUGGUGCAAAACAAUCCGGAGUCGAAAUUCGGCGACAUCAGCCGCAUAGUGGGCAGCGAGUGGAAGUCGCUGGCGACGAGCGAGAAACAGGUGUGGGAGGAACGAGCGUCGCGGCUCAACGAGGAGACAAAGGCGCAGCUCCUGCUCGAGGAGCAAAACUGCCCUAGUCCGGCGCCGUCCGGCGGCGCCGCUCCCGCCGACCAGGUGUUUGAGUGCUUGUGGGACAACUGCGACUACCAGUUCGAGGAGCUGACCGAUUGCUCCGAGCACACGAUCAAGGACUCGAAGGAAUCCCAGGGCCACGUGCAGGCCUACUUCCAGGAGCGGCCGGGCGAGGAGAUGUACUGCAAAUGGCGUAACUGUUCGCGCAUCAAGAAGAACCUGCAGCCGUUCCCGAACCUCGCCCGUCUCAUAAGGCACGUGCGCGACAUGCACAUCAACAAGGGCAACGGACGGAGCGUCGCGCCCGAAAACAGGAGCAAGAACUUUAUCGGCAACCGGACAAUGCCGGUGCUGCAGCCGGCCAUAUCGACCGCCGCCGAAGUUUCAACCGCUGCGUGCAAUUCGUUUAGUUCUGCCGCCGGAGGUUUCUGUACGUCAUCAGCUUCGGGGAAUAGCACGUCGGUAACCGCGGCCACGCCCCAGAAACCGUCCGAGCCGAUAUUCAUAUCGGUCCCACCCAGACCUCAACGGGUCCUACAUUCCGAGGCGUAUAUCAGGUACAUUGAGGGCCUGCAGGCGGACCAGAAACACAUUACCAAUUGGGAGCGGACGCUACACGUGACGCAGGAAAACGUCCAGAUUCCCGACACGGAGAAGCUACAGCACGUGGCCACGUGGCUGGGCAAAAGGGCGGACCAGCACGAUAACGUAGUCGCGGCCCUGUGGACGCUCAGGAACCAACUACUAAAGGACACUCUAUGUUUGCAUAAGACUCUGUAGGAGGCGGCCGUGCCGCGCGUGUUGUUUCGUUCCUGGUGUAUAUUGUUUGCGUCUAUCCCUCAGUUGUAGCCCAUAGCUUUUCCCCGCAGAAAGUAUUUAUUUUUUUCUCGCCCUACAGGGCGGUUUCGUUUAAGAGAUGAUUUUUGUUUCUUUAGUCGUUAACGGAUUAUUUUCUAAUUUUAUAGCGAGGAGGAAUUUGCAGUAAAAGAUUUUCGUCU